CUCCUCCUCCUCCUUCACCUCCACCCUUCUAACAUGACUACCUCCAGCCUUCUGGACCGUCUUAACAGAGACGGUUUCGUCAUCGUCCCCUCGGUCCUAUCACCCCAGGAACUCACCAUACUCCACGAAGCGACCCAAAACAUCACAGCGCUCGCCCGGGCUGGGAAAUGGCCCCAUGUACGCACCCUCCCGAAACAAUUCCCCCCCUGGCCCAAGGUUAAAAACCCAGAUAAUCCGCCGACGGAGGGCAUCUGGGGGGUCCAGGGCCUGAUGCACCCAGACCUGCCAGGCAGCGCCCUCUUCGUGCGGACCUAUUUCUCCGACGCCGUGGUCGGGCCGACCAAGGCGCUGCUCCAAUGCGGUGACGACGACCUGGUCAUGGAGCUCUUCAACCUGCUGGUGCGGCCCGACGCCGACUUUUCUCUACGGUGGCACCGCGACGACAUCCCCGCGACGGCGACGGCCGAGGAAGAGCUGGCGCGGCUCCGGCAGCCCGCCUUCUCGGCGCAGUGGAACCUGGCGCUCUACGACGACGAGAGCCUCGUGGUGGUGCCCGGGUCCCACGCGCGCGCGCGCACCGUGGCGGAGCGGGCGGCUGGCCCUUACGAGGACGACGUGCCGGGCCAGAUGAAGGUGACGCUCCGUGCCGGGGAUGCGGUGUUCUAUAACAACAACAUUCUGCACCGCGGGGUCUACGAGGCUCGGAAGGAGAGGAUGACGUUGCAUGGCAGUGCCGGACACGUGGAGGGAAGCACGCUCCGGGCUCGGAACGUGCUGCAGCAUGGGCUUAAGGAUUGGGUGGAUCGGGCGGACCUGAGUGCUCUGGGGGAGAGGGAGAGAGGGAGGGCGGAGCACAUGCGAGAGAUGCUAAUCAAGAUGGGACGAGAAGUGGGGGAGCUUGGCUUUUCUCUUGAAGAGUGAGCAGAGGAGCAA